AAGAACCCCCAUAAGGAACCAUACUGCCAAAGGAGACAGCUUCAUCAAUUGAGUCCAUCAUUACGGAGUUCAAUGGACCUGCAGGCCUUGACAUUGAUGGAAUCCACCUGUUCAAAUCAGCACAGGCAGUGAAUUCUCACAGGGCAACUGCAAGCAAGCAUCUUAGUUGUAUGCAGGACCCCCCUGGCAUACAGCUGUAUGUGUCAGUGAAGGUGGUGGUGCUGAAUGGUGUCCGCCUGAACAUGUACAGGUUGUCGGCGAGGCAGUAACUCCUUGGAGGGCUUGCACUCACACCUGUACAAUGCCAUUCCCUCAGAGAUGUGGAGUUAUGCCAUUCCAAGUGUAUCUGAUUGCAUUUGCUGUGCAGUGGAACAGCCGCAUGGAAUCACUCCGGGUUGCUGGUGGUCAUGGCAGGCAGACGUGGUGUAUGGACCCGCGGCAGAUUCAGCGCCUGAAUCAGCAGGCUGAGGUGCUCUUCAGUAAAGAGCAUGUCCUCGAGCCCAACUUUGCCACUCCAAUGCCCUACCCUGCUGUAUACAAGGACCCAGAUGAGGAGGAGCUCCUUGGAGUAGAGUAUGCCAUGUGCCAGUCAACCAGCUUCACUGCAAAGGAUUACUUUGCCCAGCAAGUUGAGGAAGAGCAGUCCUGUGAAGAAGAGGAGACGGCUGAACAAAGUGAGGACAAGCUGGCAGAUGAGGGUGUGGACAUGGGUGCAGAGUCAGAGGAGGAUCCUAUGGACACUGUCAGUGACAAACAUGUAAUCCUCACUCAGUCAGAACAGGUGGAGGAGGAGGACAGUCCUGCUCUGCAGGAUGUGCUGAUGACCCAGAGCCAUCUGCAUCUUCCUGGGCUGGAGGAAGUGGAAGCCUUUGGCCCUGCUCAUUUUAGAACUGGCAGACAACAGUGGCCGUCACCUAGUGCCAGCUGACCUAAGGCUGAAGAUUGGCACUGCUGCUGGUGCUCUGCAAGAGCAUGACAGGUCUGCAGCCAACUUUGUAAAAAAGUAUGAGUCAAGGUGGGGUUACACCCUGUUUGGCAGAUGCUUGGGAGCUGACACACCUGAGACCAGAGCAGCACAGAAGACAAAGUUUUCAGCCCAGGUGACUGAGGAUAGUCGUCUGUUGUACUUCAUUAUUAAAAUGCUGAAAAACCAGCCAUCAGCCAGUCGUCUCACCUUCCCCACUAAAA